UAUGUAGAGAACCGUUGCCUGGUCCUAGGACAGACAUGUGAAGCUGGUGCUGCAACACUGUCCGCUGGAAACUAGCUGCCUGAAGCUGUCACCACAUCACCCCACUGUACCUAGAUUGCUAAGGGUAGCAGUUUCCUCUGUAUCCCUCAAGGCCCCAUUCUCGGCAGCAUCAUGUCGCUCGCACACACCGCUGCAGAGUACAUGCUCUCUGAUGCCCUGCUGCCCGACCGCAGGGGCUCUCGGCUCAAAGGACUGCGCCUGGAACUGCCCCUGGAUAAGGUGGUCAAGUUCGUUACCGUGGGUUUCCCCUUGCUGCUGAUGUCUCUGGCUUUCGCCCAGGAGUUCUCAUCAGGGUCUCCCAUCAGCUGCUUCUCUCCCGGCAACUUCAGUGUCAGGCAGGCUGCGUACGUGGACAGCUCGUGCUGGGACUCACUGGCUCACCAUAAGCAGGACGAGGCUGGCCAAUACAAGGUGAAAUCUCUCUGGCCUCACAAGGCUCUCCCCUACUCUCUACUGGCCCUGGCUGUGGCCAUGUAUCUGCCAGUGCUGCUGUGGCAAUAUGCAGCAGUGCCAGCCCUCAGCUCAGACCUGCUGUUCAUCAUCAGUGAGCUGGACAAGUCUUACAACCGUUCCAUCCGCCUGGUGCAGCACAUGUUGAAGAUCCGGCAGAAGAGCUCUGACCCCCAUGUCUUCUGGGAUGAGCUAGAGAAGGCCCGGAAGGAACGGUAUUUUGAAUUCCCCUUGCUAGAGCGGUACCUGGCAUGCAAGCAGCGUUCCCAUUGGCUAGUGGCCACCUACCUCCUGAGGAAUGCCCUCCUUCUGCUCUUCACCUCAGCCACUUACCUGUACCUUGGCCACUUCCAUUUAGAGGUCUUCUUUCAAGAAGAAUUCAGCUGCUCCAUCAAGACAGGGCUACUCCAUGAGGAGACCCAUGUGCCGGAGCUGAUCACAUGCAGACUGACCUCCCUGUCUGUAUUCCAGAUCGUGAGUGUCUCCAGUGCAACAAUAUACACCAUACUGGUCCCAGUGAUCAUAUACAACCUCACACGGCUCUGUCGGUGGGACAAACGUCUACUCUCCAUCUAUGAGAUGCUCCCAGCUUUUGAUCUGCUCAGUAGAAAGAUGCUAGGUUGCCCGAUCAAUGACCUCAACGUGAUCCUUCUUUUCCUCCGAGCUAAUAUCUCUGAGCUCAUCUCUUUUAGCUGGCUGAAUGUCUUAUGUGUGUUGAAGGACACAACCACCCAGAAACACAACAUUGACACCGUGGUAGAUUUUAUGACCUUACUGGCUGGCUUAGAACCCUCAAAACCUAAACACCUCACCCAACAUGCGUAUGACGAGCACCCCUAGUUUAAAAAGAAAAGAAACAGAGAGAGGUAAGUUUUAUAGAAACUAAUUCUCCUUCACAAGCUAUACAGAGUAAAAGACAGAAAAAAUAAUAAUGGUGUCCACAUACAGUUGUUAAGAUUGGAUUCACCUGAAAUAUCCUGUAUUUAUAAGAAGAUAAAAAUCAAUGCAUGAUAAUUCAAUAUGGGGCCCGGAAGUAAGGAGUCAAAGAGCUGAACAUUUCGGUCUAGAGCAUUCUGAGGACAGUAACGCUAAACGAACAAGUCGAAGUGAAGCGCAGACAUCGAACACAGAAAGAUUCUAAAGGCCAUUUAUGGAGGGAAAUUCUCACAAGAUCCACCUACUCGAGAAGUCACGCUUGCCUCCCCACAAUGGGCAGGUAAAGCAAUUCAGUAAGAGGUUAAGUAAGGACACGAGCCCCUGAAACACUUUGAUUUGGCUUGCCCAUCCUGCUUUGUGGACAUCUGCAGCCUUGCCACACACACUCCAUGGCCUGCUAAUGGGACGAGAAAUAAUGAUGACUUUAACUUGGAAUCUGCUCUUGGGACGUAAGGACAGAGGCAAAGGCCAUGAGUUGAAUCUUUAAGAGCCCGAUAUGCUUUUUAUGAUAUAAACUGAGGAUUCUUUUCCACGAGGGCUCAGAUUAUGCACUAUCAAUACCUUCUAAGGUCUUAACGAGUCUAGGUAUGUUCUUAAUAGUCCAAGGGAUGCUAUACCUUCACUGACAGCCAAUCAGUGAAGGCCAGUAGGUUAAGAGGCUUGUUGUGAACCCUGAUGACCUGUUUUCAAUGCCUGGGACCCAAAUGGUGAAAGGAGAGAACUGAUUCUCCAUGUUAGCCUCUGAUCUCCAUUAUAAAAAAAAAAUAAAGUAAACAAGUAAAUAAGUGCUAAGCAAGAUGAACAUGAAAGUCCUAUCAAUACACUUCUGUACACUCUCCACUCACUGCUUCUUCCCUGCAUCUAAUUGUCAAAGCUUUGCUCUGGUUCAAAAGACAGCACUCCACCCCUGGUGCCACAAUUACCCUUAAUAAAUAUUUUUAAACUGUA